AAAGAAUCGCGAACUAAUAAAAAGAUCGUACAUACUUAUUCAAUUGGUUUUGGAUUUAGACCACCAUAUCAAAUACUAUUGGAUGGAGAGUUUUGCAAGGUAGCUUUGGAUAGAAAGAUUUAUUUAAAGGAUGCACUUCCAAGCUUAAUGUUUGCUCCAACUCGUUUACUUGUUACCGAAUGUAUUUUAAAUGAACUAAAAUCAAAAGGACAUGAUCAUACCAGUGCUUACAUUUUAGCUAAAAAAUUUGAAACUCGUAAAUGUUCUCAUAAAGAACAGCCCGUUUCUAGUUAUCAAUGUAUUCGAGAAGCAGUAGGCGACGAUAAUAAACAUCACCUUUCUAUUGCAACACAAAAUCCUAAAUUAAAGGAUAGAUUAAGAAAGAUACCGGGUGUUCCAAUCAUCUAUGUUAAUGUUAAACACCAAAGAUUAGGCAUUGAGCCUAUGACGGAUAGGUCAAAACAAGUCAUGAAACAGCAUGAACUAGAAAAGACACAACCUGUAGAUAAAAUGACUUUGCAACUAAAGAGAAAGGUGCUAGCUAAUGAAGGAGAUGAGCAUCAACAAAAACCUAAACCAAAGAAGAGGAAAGUAAAAGGUGUCAAUCCUUUAGCAAUGAAGAAAAAGAAA